AUGAGAAGCACUGAUAUAUUCAAUGUGCUGUUGAUGCUCCUGAGUUGCAGACUAGCUCAAUGCAUGCAUAUCUAUCUUAAGAGCGGAGAAAUAAAAUGUUACUAUGAGCACUUGGACAAAGGAGAAUUGCUAGCAGCAAACUUCGAUACAGUUGUGGAACAAGACGAUGGAACAUUCCAGAAGGAUGAUUUGGUAACGUUAUCAAUAACAAUUGAUGAAACAUUUGAUAACAACCAUCGUGUCUUGGCUCAGAAAGCGGUGCCACAAGGACCUUUUUCAUUCAGUGCAGUAGAAAAAGGAGAGCAUAAAAUUUGUUUAGAACCAUACUACCCUGAUAGUACCAGACGUAUCAAGCUAUACCAUGCGAUAGAUAUCGGUAGUGCAAUUUCAUUGCAAAGUAGGAGAAACUCUGCAAUGGUGUCUCUUAAAGACAGAAUAUAUCAAUUGAAUGAAAGGCUAUUGAGUAUAAAGAACGAACAAGAUGACAUCAAAAAGAAAGAAGCUGUGUUUCGUGAAAUGACUGAGGUGACUAAUGAAAGUGUAACAUAUUGGUCAAUUCUGUUAACUGUUGUGCUCGUUGUUACCUGUUUCUUUCAACUUCGCUACUUAAAAACUUUAUUUAUUAAGCAGAAACAGACGUAA